UUUGAAGCGAAUUUUUUUGUCAAAAUGUAAUCUGUAUUAUUGUAUAAAUAUUUUGAGGUAAAGAAAAAGAAUCCUUGCACACAACAUCAAGACUACGGCUCCAUCGGCGUGAAAUUUAAGCGGACCGUUGCCGCUAGUAAUAACAACAACAAAAAAAACAGCAACAACGCUGUUUUUUGCCCUCUACCGCCACCUGCUGCCAACAACAAAAACAAACGCACAAAAGACGAUGACGGGCAAAAGCGAUAAGGAAAUACUGGCCAACUCCAUGUAUGAGGAUGAUCCCAAUGGCAAUUCAGCACCAGCAACUAUAAAUCAGGUGUCGGGACAACCGGCGGCACAAGAAGCGACAACUGGGGGCGCAAACACUAUUCCGGCAGCGACUUCACCACGUUGGGGACCCCAAAAUAAAGGUGCCCAGGAACUGGCCUCACUAUAUAGUCCAGGUAAACGCGCACAGGAAAUAAUUUGUGUUUUCACCUGCAUCGGUUUGAUGAUCAUCAAUUUGGCACUGAUUGUCAAACACUUUCGCUGGGAGCGCAUUAGUAUGGCCUUCAUCUCUGCAUUGUGUGGUAUUAUUACAGCAGACUUUGCCUCUGGCUUGGUGCAUUGGGCAGCGGAUACUUGGGGCUCUGUGGAUCUACCAUUGAUCGGAAAAAACUUUCUGCGCCCAUUUCGCGAACACCACUUGGAUCCCACGUCGAUAACACGGCACGAUUUUAUAGAGACAAAUGGUGAUAACUUUAUGGUGGGCAUACCGAUUCUUGGCUACUUGGCACACUACUUCUACUUCAAGUCGCCUUGCGAAAUACAACAGAAUUUCGGCUGGAUUGCUUACGUGUUUCUAUGUUCCAUAUUUGUAGUUAUGACGAACCAGAUACACAAGUGGUCGCACACUUAUUGGGGAUUGCCCCGAUGGGUGCAGUUGUUGCAGAGCUGUCACAUAAUUCUACCACGAAAACAUCAUCGUAUCCAUCAUGUAGCGCCACAUGAGACGUACUUUUGCAUUACUACUGGCUGGCUAAAUUGGCCUCUGGAGAAGCUUAGAUUCUGGUCAACCUUCGAGUUUAUUAUUGAACGUGUCACAGGCCUGAAACCACGCGACGAUGACAUGAAAUGGGCCAAGAAACUCACAUAGCUAUUUUGUCCAGCGACUGUAAAUAGAACAUGGACCAAGCAAGGUUAACAGAGCUUGCUAAUUAACAAAAACCAAAGGCAACAACGAAAGUCACUCGUAUCAAUCAAUUAUAAUUAUAUUAUUUGCAUAACAAAAGUCUUGAACAUAUUGUAUGUAAGGGUAAUUAAUUUUAAUAGCAUCAAAUUACAUAGUUCUUAGUUGAAGUUUGUUAAAAAUUA